AUGGGUAUUUUACGACAUCGUCGUUUUCGUCGUCAAGAAUUGCCACCAGCUAAUGACGAUGGAGAAGAUGAAUAUGACGAAGAUGGUGAUGAAGGCGACGACGACGACGAUUCAGCGACUACUCCAGCCGGCGCAGGUCUUCCACCGAAAACUACUGAAAAUCAAUUUGAAAAGGCCAAAGCAAUUGGAAAAGAUGUCAUCGAAAAAAUAAUGACGAGUACUAUGACAAAAUCGAACUAUACCAUCCACACAAAAAAAAGAUCAGUUUUCAAUGUAAUACCAGUGCCACCUUGGGCUACAAUUAUCCUCGUUAUUAUUGUUCUUCUUGCAUUAUGUGCGUGUAUCGCAUGUUGUAUACGUCGAACGUGUCGAAAGUUAUGGAAGAAGAAAGGAGUCAAAGGAGGCAAAGGUAUUGAUUUGCAAGCUGUCAAAACUUUCGGUUUACACAAAGAAAAGGUCCAACCUGACAUUGAAGAGCUAACACCGAAUAUGGAAGAUAAUGAAGAUGCCGAUUCGAAGAAAAGUGAAGCACCUAAUUUAGGUAAAUUAGAAUAUUCACUUGACUACGACUUUCAAAAACAAGAACUUAAAGUUGAAGUCAUCCAAGCUCAAGAAUUACCGGCAAUGGAUAUGAGUGGUACCUCAGAUCCGUAUGUGAAAGUUUAUGUUUUACCCGAUAAGAAGAAAAAAUUCGAAACGAAAGUUUACCGCAAAACACUAAAUCCUGUUUUCAAUGAGACCUUCAUAUUUAAGAAUUUGGCUUAUGGGGAAAUUGGCGGAAAAACAUUGGUCUUUGCCGUGUACGACUUCGAUCGAUUUUCAAGGCAUGAUCAAAUUGGUGAAGUACAAAUUGCGUUGAAUACAGUCGAUUUAGGCAAAGUUAUACGCGAGAUAAAGGAUUUAUCACCGCCACCAGGAGACAAAGAAGCAGAAAAUAAAUUAGGUGACAUUUGCUUUUCACUUCGAUAUGUACCAACAGCAGGUAAAUUAACCAUUACUAUACUCGAAGCAAAGAACUUGAAAAAGAUGGAUGUUGGUGGCCUUUCUGAUCCAUAUGUUAAACUAUCGUUAAUGAUGAAUGGUAAACGGUUGAAAAAGAAGAAAACAUCGAUUAAAAAAUGUACAUUAAAUCCAUAUUAUAACGAAUCAUUUACAUUCGAAGUACCCUUUGAACAAAUUCAAAAAGUACAAUUAGUCGUUACUGUUGUCGAUUAUGAUCGUAUCGGUACUUCUGAGCCGAUUGGUAAAGUUGUUUUGGGUUGUAAUGCGACCGGUACCGAAUUACGGCAUUGGUCUGAUAUGCUCGCAUCACCACGACGACCGAUCGCCCAAUGGCAUUCAUUGAAAGAUCCGGAAGACGGCAAACCAUCAUAA